AUGACUUCUCCUGCCACCAAGAAAUACCUCGAUGGACUCAACAAAUCUCUUCCUCACAACUACCUGUAUGCCAUGGCUGGAUUGGUGCUCACGAUUUAUGUGCUUCACAGCCUCGGUCGCCUCAAGAGGCAUGUCCGCCAUCUGGCCUCCCUGAACGGCCAGUCGGGAGCGCAUCGGCUCUUCGCCUCCACCUCUCCAUCCAUCGCCUGGCUGAAGGGGCAUGUCCUUUACGCACCCAUGUUUAAAUACAGACGAGCGACCGAGACCCGGAUCGGUUCUCGUAUCAGUCUGGGCUCGCUCCCGACCCGCCUUCAGGGCCUAUUCCUCUUCUUCCUCGUCGCAUUCAACGUCAUGGCAUGUGUCUGGCAGGUUCCCUGGUCAUCACCUGAGCUGCAAGUGUUGCCCAUCUUGAGAAAUCGUACCGGGACUCUAGCUACUGCCAACCUCAUUCCCAUUUGCGUCCUCGCUACCAUCAAGAACCCAUUGAUCAAUGCUCUGGAGAUUUCUUACGAUUCAUUCAAUCUUGUCCACAGAUGGAUGGGUCGUCUGAGCAUUCUUCAGGGCCUCGCCCAUACCCUGUGCUGGAUGAUAGCCAAAGUACAAAAGGGCGGCUGGACUACCGUUACAGCCUCUUUCACUCAUUCAUCUUUUAUCUACACCGGGUUGAUCGCGACUGUCGGGUUCACGGUGAUUGGAUUACAAUCCCCCAAGAUGUUCAGGUCCCUGGCAUAUGAGUUCUUUCUUCACUCCCAUAUCAUACUCGUAGCAAUGGCCUUUGCGGGCUUAUGGAUCCACCUGAAGCAACUCCCACAACAGGCCAUGUUGCUUGCUGCCAUCCUCAUUUGGGUGGUCUCACGAUUGUGGCGACUGGCCACCACCAUCUAUCGCAGUUGUGGACAUGGCGGCUCCAAGGCAGUCGUUGUGGCGCUCCCUUCCGGCGCGGUCAAGAUCCAGCUGUUCUGUGCGCGACCGUGGAAGGUCAAAAACGGGCAAACUCUCUACCUUAGCAUUCCGUCGGUCGGUCUUUGGACCGCUCACCCCUUCUCCGUCGCCUGGGGUGAUACCGGAAGCGGCCUGACCGGCGGCGACGUCGACUCGGUGGAAAGCAACCACGGUGGCCUCGCAGAUGACAAGAUACCCAUCUUUGCUGUCCGGGAGGUGGGCCACACCAAGGAGACGGACGGCACAAUCCACCUCAUCGUCAAGCGACAAACUGGCUUUACAAGGAAGCUGUUUGAAAAGGCCCAAGAGCAAAGGUUUUCCAGAGUCACAUUGAAUGCUUACAUCGAGGGCCCGUAUGGACACGAAAAGAGCAUGGCAAGCUUCGGAACCGUCUUGCUUUUUGCCUCGGGCGUGGGCAUCACCCACCAGAUGCUGUAUGUCAAAGAACUCGUGCAGGGAUUCGCCGACGGCACUGUCGCCACCCAACAAAUCACCCUGGUUUGGGUGGUUCCCGAUGCGGAAUGCCUCGAGUGGGUGCGUGCCUGGAUGUCCGAGAUCUUGGGGAUGGAAAAGCGGCGAGAAGUGUUGAAGGUGUUCCUGUACAUCACCCGAUCCAGUCCUGUGCGUGGAGAUUUCCGCUCCAGCGCCAAUGUGAGGAUAUGCAGAGGGAGACCCAAUGUUGCUGAUAUCAUUCUGGCAGAGGCCAGAGAGCGGACGGGCGCCAUGGCGGUGAGCGUCUGUGCUUCUGGUUCCUUGUCGGAUCAUGUUCGUCAAGCCACCCGUCUUGCCAUUGGCCAAGGAGUGAAUGCUUCGUUUGCAGAAGAAGGGUUCGGAUGGUGA